AUGAAAAUAAAAAAGCUUGAGCCAGUUGAUAGGCUCGUAUAUCACAUUAACGAGAUUAAAGAUGUUCAAAAAUAUAAUGGCCAUUCUAGUACACCUCAAUGGCCUUUCACUCUUCUAAUUUCAGGUC